CCUACAAGACGACAUGUCAAUUCUUAUUUAUAACAAUUUUUGACAGCUACGUAGUUUACAACAACAACAAUAAUUAUUUUUGAAUAUUUAUUUUAUUACAACAGGUAACAAUUUGGUUUCCACAACCCACAAUGCAACCGUACUACUCCUACUUCAAAAACAAGAAACCGGGACAGAAGCCAAAAUGCCUGUGCGACACCGUCGCCAUUCUCGGCAAAAUAACACAAGAAAACGAACGGUUAUCGAAGACAGAAAUCAACCAAAUCAGGUUAAAUUUAUUCACGGAAAGAAAUUCCGAUGGCACUGGGUACCUGAUGCUGCGAGGCAAAGACAUUGAAGGGAGAUACCGGCGUAGGAUCCAGGAUACUGACAUGAGAGCUAUCUGUGCUUACGUCCAGCAGUCCUCACGUCGCAUCACAAGACUGGAUCUAAGCUACAAUAACAUCACAGACCGUGGCUUCUUCAGAUUACUAAAAAAGUUACUCAUUAAAGGAAGAUCAAGCAUAAUAAACUUGAAUAUAAUGAAUAAUCGACUAACACGCCACUCGAUUGCCAAGCUCGCCAAAUACUCGAAGGUUUUAAAACUAAAAUACUUAAGGAUUAAUGGAAAUCGAUUCGGAUUGAAAGGGAUUGAGCAUCUAGCUAAGUUUUUAAUUUAUAAUACAUCUGUUGAGUAUUUGGAUAUAGGCGAGACGAAUCAAAAUUUGUCGAGUAUCGCUCAAAUCAUUACUGCUUUAAGAGCCGAUCAUGGUGGUAACAAAACAAUCCGAGUGUUAGACUUUAGUCGAGUCAUACCGCUGUUUAAUCGAUAUGAUUACGAAUCGAAAUGGUUUGCGUAUCACCUCGAGUUUUUACUAGAGAGGAACUCUACUAUAAUCGAGUUGCAUUUACAGAAAAAUGAUUUCAUUAGUCAUGAUGUGGAAUAUUUUGCGCGCGGUUUGAGAAGGAAUACUACGUUAUUGUAUUUGGACCUCGCUUUUAAUAGGAUUGGUGAUUACGGAGCUGAAUUGUUAGGACAAUAUCUAGCCGAAGGGCCGCAAUUAUUAUUCAUAAACAUAGCAGGGAAUGGUAUUCAAAAUACCGGAGCUAGAGCGCUCAGUUUCGGGCUCCCAUACUCGAAAAUCCGCGCUUUAGACAUCUCCCGCAAUUUAAUAACAGAUAGUGGCAUAAUUGACAUUUUGAAUACGAUAAAAAAACCUUACUUUCUGCGGUUUUUAAACAUGUGGGGGAAUAAAAUUACUCAUGAUUCUUGUGUUAUUAUUCAGAGAAUGUUGACGAGUGGGGUUUUGUUCCAACAUACAAUGGAUGUUAAAGUGUAUGAAGUAGAUGGUGUUUUACACGCAGCCUAUUUCCCUAAUCCGGCGAAUCGGAAUAAACAUUUCUAUUAUGAUGAAUUAGAAUACGGUUGCGUCCAACCUAUAUACCAUAUAACUAGGAAUAUUAUGGAAGAAAAGAAAAAAGUUAAAGUUGAUUGUAAACAACGACAUAAGUUGGAUAAAACUGAUAAAUUGAAUUUUUAAAGUCUGGUAACACACUUGUAACACUUCUAGUGUUGCAAUACGUUUUUUAAGGUGGGAAAAUCAUCCAAUGUCUUCUCCGGCCUUGGGCGAGGCGAGAGGGAGUGCCAGACUUUUAUAGACUAAAAACCACCCCGUACCUACUUCACCCAAUCUCCGAUUCCCCAACAACCCUUAAAUUCCUAAUCCCCAAAAGGCCGGCAACGCACUUGUAACGCCUCUGGUGUUUGAAGUGUCCAUGGACGGCGGCGAUUGCUUACCAUCAGGUGAUCCGUCUGCUCGUUUACCCCUUUAUACCAUAAAA